AGGUACUGCAUCAUUCUGCCAGCCUCACAGAUAGAAUUUUAAGGUCUUUCGAGUGGGAGUAGAUCGUCAGCUGGACAAAGCUUUUUUGAAGAAUGACGUCGAGGUGCCCCAGAUGCACAAAAGAUGUGUUUUUUGCUGAGAAAGUGAGCUCGCUGGGGAAGAACUGGCACCGGUUCUGCCUGAAAUGCAAACGCUGUAACAAAACCCUGUCGGCUGGCAACCACGCUGAGCAUGAUGGACUGCCCUACUGUCACAAACCAUGCUACGGAACUCUCUUUGGACCCAAAGGUGUGAACAUCGGAGGGGCAGGCUCCUACAUCUACGAAACUCCUCAACCCACCUUCGACUGCCCCUCCGAGGGAUCCCCCACCACACCAUGGACCACCAUGCAGAUCACCUGGAACCAGCCUAAAGUUCUUCCCCCUCCAACCAGGACAUUUGCUGGAGAGACCUCACUCUGUCCUGGCUGUGAGAAAGUGGUCUAUUUUGCAGAGAAGGUGAUGUCUCUGGGUAGGAACUGGCACAGACCGUGCCUGCGCUGUGAGAGGUGUAAGAAGACACUGACCUCUGGUGGACAUGCUGAGCAUGAAGGGAUACCUUACUGCCACGUCCCUUGCUACGGCAUCCUGUAUGGACCAAAAGGAGUGAACAUUGGCAACGUGGGCUGUUACAUCUACGAGAAAGAAGGCAUGGCGCAAACUGAAAUACCCAGCCAGUCCUAACCACACACUGAAAGUGAGAUGAAUGUAAAUAGCCAAUAGAAAACUCUGGUCCUCGGUUUGGGGUUUCAGUUUGAUUUGGGUAAUUUCAGUGACUGAAUUGAUUGAAAUGACUGAAUUGAGUGACUGAAGUUGUGAUUGAACCAACCACGCGAUCACAGGUCAACAUGAGGUCAUGUUUCUUUAUUUGUUUUCAUGAUCACAGAAAUGAUAUCACAUGGAAGGGACAUGUACAAAAAACGUUCUGCAUUUUAUUUUAAUGUAUUAACGUAAUAAUGUUUAGGAAUAUUUAAAUCACGUUUGCAACCUAAAGUUAUAAAGCAUUAUACCGGCACACUUGAAGUGUUUUUACACACACACACACACACACACACACAUAUAUAUAUAUAUAUAUAUAUAUGCAUAUACAGUACCAGUCAGAAGUUUGGAUACACCUACUCAUUCAACAAAAAUUUCUUAAUUUAACAUUUUCUACAUUGUAGUGGAGACAUCAAAACGAUGAAAUGACACAUAUGGAAUCAUGUAGUAACCAAAAAAGUGUUAAUCAAAUCAAAAUAUAUUUUAGAUUCUUCAAAGUAGCCACCCUUUGCCUUGAUGACAGCUUUUCACACUCUUGGCAUUCUCUCAACCAGCUUCACCUGGAAUGCUUUUCCAACAGUCUUGAAAGAGUUCCCACAUAUGCUGAGCACUUGUUGGCUGCUUUUCCUUCACUCUGCAGUCCAACUCAUCCCAAACCAUCUCAAUUGGGUUGAGCUCGGGUGAUUGUGGAGGCCUGGUUACCUGAUGCAGCAUCUGAUUUGGGCUCAUCAAACCAAAAGGACAGAUUUCCACCGGUGCAAUGUCCAUUGCUCGUGUUUCUUGGCCCAAGCAAGUCUCUUCUUAUAAUUGGUGUCCUUUAGUAGUGGUUUCUUUGCAGCAAUAUUACAAUGAAGGCCUGAUUCACGCAGUCUGUUGAGAUGUGUCUGUUACUUGAACUCAGUGAAGAAUUUAUUUGGGCUGAAAUUUCUGAGGCUGUUAACUCUAAUGAACUUAUCCUUUGCAGCAGAGGUAACUCUGGGUCUUCCUUUCCUGUGGAGGUCCUCAUGAGAUCCAGGUUCAUCAUAGCGCUUGGUUUUUGUGACUGCACUUAAAAAAACUUUCAAAGUUCUUGAAAUGUUCCGUAUUAACUGACCUUCAUGUCUUAAAGUAAUGAUGGACUGUUGUUUCUCUUUGCUUAUUUGAGCUGUUCUUGCCAUAAUAUUUGUAUUUAUUUAUCUAGGCAAGUCAGUUAAGAACAAAAUCUUAUUUUCAAUGAUGGCCUAGAACAGUGGGUUAACUGCCUGUUCAGGGGCAGAACAACAGAUUUGUACCUUGUCAGAUUGGGGAUUUGAACUUGCAACCUUUGGUUACUAGUCCAACGCACUAAACCACUAGGCUACCCUGCCACCGCCACCAAUAAUAAGAAGAGACUUGGUCUUUUGCCAAAUUGGGCUAUCUUCUGUAUACCAACCCUACCUUGUCACAACAUAGCUGAUUGGCUCAAACACAUUAAAACCUCUUGAAACUCUGGUGGCGCAAUUUCAUUUUUGGAUGAAAAACGUUCCCGUUUUAAACAAGAUAUUUUGUCACAAAAAGAUGCGACUAUGCAUAUAAUUGAUAGCUUUGGAAAGAAAACGCUCUGAAUUUUCCAGAACUGCAAAGAUAUUGUCUGUGAGUGCCCUAGAACAGGAGCUACAGGCAAAACCAAGAUGAAACGGCAACCAGGAAAUGAGCAGGAUUUUUAAGGCUCUGUUUUCCAUUGUCUCCUUAUAUGGCUGUGAAUGCGACAGGAAUGAGCCUGCCCUAUCUAUCGUUUCCCCAAGGUGUCUGCAGCAUUGUGACGUAUUUAUAGGCAUAUCAUUGGAAGAUUGACCAUAAGAGACUACAUUUUCCAGGUGUCCGCCCGGUGUCCUCCGUCGAAAUUGGUGCGUCAUUUUCAGCUGCUGGUAUUUUUCCAUGGGAUUCUGAGGGGAAAGCAGGCUUCCACGAACGGCAUAUCAAUGAAGAGAUAUGUGACAAAACACCUUGAGGAAUGAUUCUAAACAACGUUUGCCAUGUUUCGGUCGAUAUUAUGGAGUUAAUUCGGAAAAAGUUUGACGUUUUGGUGAAAAGCCAAAUGUGAUGUACAAAACGGAGCGAUUUCUUCUACACAAAGAUUCUUUCAGGAAAAACUGAACAUUUGCUAUGUAACUGAGAGUCUCCUCAUUGAAAACAUCCGAAGUUCUUCAAAGGUAAAUUAUUUAAUUUAUUUGGUUAUCUGGUUUUUGUGAAAAUGUUGUGUGCUAAAUGCUACGCAAAAUGCUAAGCUAGCUUGCAAUACUCUUACACAAAUGCUUGAUUUGCUAUGGUUCAAAAGCAUAUUUUGAAAAUCUGAGAUGACAGUAUUGUUAAGAAAAGGCUAAGCUUGAGAGCAGGCAUAUUAUUUUCAUUUCAUUUGCGAUUUUCAGAAAUCGUUAACGUUGCGUUAUGCUAAUGAGCCUGAGGCUGUAUUCUCGAUCCCGGACCGGGAUGGGUAGUAUCAAGAGGUUUUAAGAAGGAAAGAAAUUCCUCAAUUAACUUUUAACAAGGCACACCUGUUAACUGAAAUGCAUUCCAGGUGACUACCUCAUGAAGCUGGUUGAGAGAAUAUCUAGAGUGUGCAAAGCUGUAAUCAAGGCAAAGGGUGGCUACUUUGAAGAAUCUCAAGUAUUAAAUAUAUAUUGAUUUGUUUAACACUUUUGUAGUUAAUACAUGAUUCCAUAUGCAUUAUUUAAUAGUUGUGAUGUCUUAACUACUAUUCUACAAUGUAGAAAAUAGUAUAAAUAAAGAAAAACCGUUGAAUGAGUAGGUGUGUCCAAACUUUUGACUGGUACUGUAUAAAAUGUGUAUACAACAAUAGGCUCAUAUUCAAUAUUAAAGAUUGAUUGCAUGCAUUUGCCAAUAGUUAUGGUGAAGAAUAAUGCACAAAGAGUUAUGAUACAUUAUCAAAGAUAAGUCUUUUCUAAAUAAGAUAAUGUAAUGUUGGAUUAAAGUGUAAAUUAUAAUUUGUAUGUGACGAAUAACACUUGAAUUAUGCUUCACACUUCAGGCUCUCUUUCUCUUUUCUUGUAUUUCGUUUAUCUUUUUUUAUAAGAUCAGUGAGAGGUUUGAAGGUUGUUUUUGAUGUGUAACAAACACACUGAGUGUACAAAACAUUAAAGAACACCUUUCUAAUA